AACGGGAAGAAAUGAAGCACACCUUACGAACAAUUGGAGACUUGAGAUGCCGCGCGCGUGCAACAUCUCUUGAUCAGGGGCGGAUCCAGCGUGGGGGCUGCGGGGCUUGAGCCCCCCUACCCCCAGAACAGAAAUGGAUUCCCCCUUAGCGCCGUCUUUACCGCCGACGAUGAGGCGGCGAAGGCGAGAGAGCAGCGGGUAGCGGCCGACAUGAGGGUCGCGGAGUUGGAGGCGGAGCUUGAGGCCCUUCGUCGCGUCGCCGUGGAGGUUUCGGAUUCCGUGCACUCGCGGGGUCCGACGACCGUCGACCGCCUCCGCGACGUCCCCGUGCGCAUCUGGCAGAUCGCCGGCCGAGGGGUCCGGAAAGGAGCCGCGACGGUGCUGGCGGUGGUGCAGGAGGAGGUAGGCCAAUAUUUCGGCGCCCUCGAGCCGGAGAUUCCCGAAGAGGGAGACGCUCGGGCGCUCGGGUGGAUUCCAACGAGGCUGUGGCGAGCCUCCUCGAGCCAGCGCACACCAUCAGCUACGCCGUCAACCUCAGCGACAUCAUCCUCGAUCCCUAUGCUCCUCAUAAUUAGGCUGUAAUAGGAUGAUGUCUUGUAAUAAUCUCACAGAACUCCAGAGGCAAUAAUCUCACACAGCCUGUUUCUUGUGCUCUUCUGGAA